AUGCAAUAUAAGCCAGCUACUGAAGCUCAACAAGUUAAACCACCUCAAAUUCCAUCCCCAGGUAACAAUUCGUUCUUAGGUGAUAUUUUCACUUCUGAUGCUCCAAAAGACAAGCAAAUAUCUGCCGGUUUUUAUAGACAAGAAAAGGGGGAGCCAUUGGUUUACACGUACGACUACGAUGAGAUGAAAAUCAUCUUGGAGGUCGAAGGUGAAUACACAUUGACUGAUGAGACUGGCAAAAAGGUUUCCGUUUCCCCCGGUGAUGUAUUUUACUUCCCAAAGGGUACAACGAUUACUUUUGAAACUACCGGUUACGGGUUAGCUUUCUUUACUGGUUUGAGACCAAAUGGCACAGCAUGA